AUGAGAACUAUUAUUCAUAAUUUGAAGAAAGUUACUCAAAAGAAGCAGAAACAGUAUGAGGGUCGCAUGUGCGAAUUCUGUUCCGGAAUCCACGUUUUCAAAAGUUCAGCCGAAAUAACAAAUCAUUUGCAAAAAGAACAUUCAAAUCAAUUUGGCAAAUGUGUUGAAGAGUACUACACAAACGCUGACUUGUUGUCAGAUGAAAAGGUUCAACAAGUACUCGAGAAAAUGAGACACCAACUACUUGGACAAGAAACUUUUGUUGUUUUUUUGAUUCCAGAGUUAAAGGAAAUGCUGGACAAUUUAAUUACUGAAAUUGAAACAACUAGAAGUGGUGGUUUUUUACAGGCCACUGGUAACAGUCGCAGUCGCCACACUUCCAGCCCUCAGAGCAGCACCAGCAGGAACGGGAUGAUUGCAGAGGAGAAUCCCGUAGCCAACGCAGUCGCUUCAACGAGCACUUCUCGUCGCCCGCUAUCGAUCACCUCGCCGUCGCCAUCACCGUCACCUGGUUAUCGACAGAGUUCAGAACCGCCCGGCAACCCUAAAUUCCAAGGCCAAGCGCAGAAGAAUUCCGGGCGAGACCAGAGAAGGGAAGGACUCUUUGAUGAAAGAUCUCAGGACUCUUACCAGUCCGAUGAAAGACCCCAAUCCGGCCGUGGUGGAUACUCUUUAAACGAACGUCCUUCGCUGCCCAACAAAAACUAUUCGCUUCCACUUAGUUUCAAGAAAAAACACGAAGAGAAUCGCCUGCAACAAACACAACAAGAUCAGGUUCCUCGAACGGCCGUUCAUCCGAGUCCUAUCGAAACCGAAUUGGAUAGCGGUUCACGUACUUCUGUCAACAUUUCCGGAGCCCCAGCAGUUCGACCAUCGUUGCCUCAUCCUUUCCAACGAUCUUCGCCUCAUGUCUCCAGCAUACAGCCGCAGCAUCCACCGCAACAACAUCAUCGACCAGGGUCUGUAGGCGGUGACAAACCGAUCGGAGGCCAAGGGCGGUAUCAGCAAGUAACAGGAUUCGCUACCAAAGCAAUGCCACUGGAAAUGGGUAAGAGCGGACCACCACGAAUGUCUGUUCAAGGGCUGUUCCAGCUGCCAAUUGGACCACCACCGUCGAGGGAACAAUCUUGCCUUUCCUCUUCUCCUAGGCGAAGUGAUUUUACGGCUCCUUCAGCCUACUUGUACGACGGAUCGUCCAUUCCUCAUCAGCAGGAUAAUAACCGUGGCACCGGUGACGUGGCAAAUCGUUCAUAUAAUCAAACCACAGAAAGCGAUAAAUAUGAUGAAUGCGAUGAAUAUGAUGAAUGCGAUGAAUGCGAUGAAUAUGAUGAAUGCGAUGAAUAUGAUGAAUGCGAAAAACUAUUCAGAAAGGAACUAGAAUAUUCAGUAAGGAAUGAAACUUACGGUGACGAUGACGACUACACCAUCACCAACGCACACGAAAAUUCUUUCCACACUCAACCAACACUAAGAGACCCAUCGAAAAAAGUGUCUAUUAGAAAUUUGAUACUUGAUCCACAACUUUCAGAAGGCGAUUUCGUUAACCUAACUGUUUUAGUAGCUGAAGUGGGUCCAAUUUUGGAUUUAAAGGUCAACGAUCGCAAAGCCCGACGCCAGGAGAUUAAAUUCGUCGAUCAAUCAGAUAAAGACAUGUUCAUAUCAUUGUUCUUGUGGGAUUCUGUUUGUCAAGCGUACACAAUGGAAUGGGAACCCUUUGCUACCGUUAUUCAACUAACCGACGUGAUACUGCAGGUGGACAAGAACAUGAACCGCAAGUUUUUGGACACAACAUCCAGCACUAUAAUGACGAUCGAUCCAAAUACGGAAGAGGGUUAUCAAUUGGCCAACUAUGCAACUGAGCUCAAUCCGGAGGAACUGAUGAACGCUUUCCCUCAGCAAAUCCAACCAGAACAAUUCUUCCGUAACAAGGCUAUCAAACAAGGGAAUGUUGCUGCUCUGGGUGAUUUUAUUAGUCGAAUUAGUCCCGGCAACGUCGAGCAAGCUGUUCUUCUUCAUGUCAUGAUUAUGACAUUUAAUUUGGAUCAAGCAAUCAGCGUCAAAUGUGGGCAUUGCGGGAACCGGAUUGGAUAUUUUGAUCAGGAUUUCGUGCAGCAGUGCGUCAACAAAACAUGUCGCAAUAUUAGAUCAAACGACGAGUAUUACUUUGAUUUCAACAUUUCCAUUGGCGACUCGACCGGAUCGAUGAAGUGGUUGCGCAUUUCUGGCGACUUUGCUGUUCAAAUAUUCGGUCAAAUUACGCCGGAGCUCUUUAUUUCGAUGUCGGACGAAUAUAAGAGGGAAUUGAUUGAUCGUUUUUUGUUCGAGUUCUACGAGAUUGGAAUUCAGAUUGAGCAUCGAGCUAAUGGAACCAAAGAACUAGAUGUAAUUCAUUUGGAACCAGUCUUUUUCGCCAAGCCAUAA